AGGCAAACCUUUAUAUAAAGUGCGCUUCUGUGCUACUGUCGAGAAUCAUAAAUCAAAGUGCCAGUGCUGUGAGUACGUUCGUUCGUUCCGGGUAGUCAACCAGUCGUGAUCAUGGCAACUGCAAUCCCUGUGCUACUACUACUGGUAGUUCUCGGUGCCAUCCCAUCGCUAACAGCCUGCGAGCAUGGAUCUCGUGCCGCCCUAGCAUCUAACUGGCUUUCGAUAAUGCCUAACCACUGGAUGUGCGCCAUCCCGAAGACAUCCACACUCUUCCCGCACUACAGCGAUUGUACUCGCUACUACGAGUGUGUCUGCAACGAUGCGUACGAGUACGAAUGUCCGGACGGGUUACGGUUCAACCCUCGCAAACUGCGCUGCGAAGAAUCGCCUCUGUGCCCGGAAGCUGGCGUUGGAGUGGACCCUGAACAAGGUCCACCAGAGCCGCAAACGGACUGCGAGGAGGCAUCGCGUGUCGCCGUAGCUUCCGAUUGGCUUUCGAUAAUGCCCAAUCACUGGAUGUGUGAGAUUCCGAAGACAUCCACACUCUUCCCGCACUACAGCGAUUGUACCCGCUACUACAAGUGUGUCUGCAACACUGCGUACGAGUACGAAUGUCCGGAAGGGUUAGGCUUUAAUCAGCGCACGCUACGCUGCGAAAAGUCCUCUCACUGCGCUGGCGCUGAAGAGGAAGAAGCGAACCACUCACCCGGCGUGCCGGACCAUGGUGCACUGGACCCGCGCUGUCCAUCGCGCGAAUCGGUAAAGACGUGGACGGACGAGCAGAACUGCUCCAAGUACUAUCAGUGCGCCGGUGGGCAGGUGUUGGACAUGCACUGUCCCGAAUCGCUGGUGUACGAUAGUGCGGCGAAACGGUGCACCUUGCCGAACCCGGACAAGUGCUGUGCACCGGUACCGGCGGCACCGGUACUGGAGAGGGAGGAAGUGCCGGUACCGGUGGAACCGACACUGGAAGAGCAGGAAGAGGUGGCGCAACAGGAGGAGGAACAAGCGGAGGAACAUGCGGAGGAACAAGAGCAGGAGCACGAGGAAGAGGAGCAGUCCGAAGGGUUCUGGGGUCGGCUGCAGUCUUGGUUCGGUUAAGACGCGAAGAAGGCGCAAUGAUCACCGACUGUUGAACUGUAUAUGAACCGUUAAUAAAGUGGAAUAAUUUAUUUAAAGCAAGAAGAA